AUGAUCAGGAAUAUGAAGGUACCACUGGGACUAUGGAAGGCUUCAAGUGGCARCAUAUUGUGCACGCAGAGAAGGGUCUUCCCAAUGACCAGAAGCAUGAAUACAGGUGCAAGUAGUGAAGUUGCAGCUGUAGCCGCGGCAAAGGAGGGCCCAGCCCUUUCAGCAGACCUUUAUAUGCAUCCGGAAAAGUGGAAAGGGCUGCCACCCCAAAGGAUUUUGGAAUUAUACUGGGAAAGAAUGGCUAGAUUGGGUUCGGAAUAUAAGCCCAACAAGGACGAGUUGAGUGCUUUAUUAACCACGUCGGAGUAUUCUGAUGUGUCAAGUAGUKAUAUCAAGAAGCUAUACUAUAAAGGGGAGCAGGGCGCUAUCGAUAUUAAAGGUGGAACUGUAAAUCGUGAUGAUAGUCUUAGACCAUUUAUGUUUGACGAAUUACCUUCCCAAGCUCAAGAAUUGGUGGCUCAACAUCGUGAACAAAGGUUUUAUAAUCGACUAGCUGCCUACGAAUUGCCAUUAUUGGCGCAAUAUCGCCAGGAAUACAAGAGACCAUCUGCAAAGACUCACCCGGUCACUUACAGGUACACUAACUACGUCGGUGAGGAACAUCCAAAUUCAAGAAAAGUUGUAUUGAGUGUUAAAACAGAGGAUCUGAAUCUAGAGACAAAAUCUCUACAUAAGUUUAGAGUAUUGGCUAGGUCACGUUAUGACCAUAUUACGGAUAUUUUCAAAAUGUCUAGUGACAAAUUUGAAAAUGCGUCACAAAACGCACGUUAUCUGCAUGAUAUUUUACAAAAACUGCUAGCCGAAUCAAAAGAUUUGACCAAAGACGAUUUUAGCGAUGUGCCUAUUGAUAUGAGACAUACUAUUGCCAAGAACCUGCGUAAAAAGAAGCAUAAUCACAAGUUUCCUGAAGAAUGGAAACGUCCUGAAGAUGCGCCGAAAAAGAAGUUUGAUAUAGUAGAUCAGUUUAUGAAUACACUUCAAUGA